AGCAGCGGCAUAAGAACCCUAAUUUUGCACCGCCGUCGCGAGGAAAAGAAAAAAAUCAAUUAAGAAAUGGUGAAGUUCCUGAAGCCAAACAAGGCGGUGAUCCUCCUCCAGGGGCGAUUCGCCGGGCACAAGGCGACGAUCGUGAAGAACUUCGACGACGGGACGCGCGACCGCCCCUACGGCCACUGCCUGGUCGCCGGAAUCGCCAAGUACCCGAGCAAGGUGAUCCGCAAGGACUCCGCGAAGAAGCAGGCGAAGAAGUCGCGCGUGAAGGCGUUCGUCAAGCUCGUCAACUACAACCACAUCAUGCCCACGCGCUACACGCUCGACGUGGAUCUGAAGGACCUCGUCUCCGGCGACGCGCUUGUGUCACGCGACAAGAAGGUCACCGCCUGCAAGGAGAUCAAGGGUAAGUUCGAGGAGAGGUUCAAGACCGGGAAGAACCGUUGGUUCUUCUCCAAGCUUAGGUUUUGAGAGGUUAUUUUCGUCUUUUCCCCCCUUUUUUCUUUUGCUGCUUGUGGUAGAUGAUGUGUUUCAUUUCUCUUAUAUUUUUAUUAGACAUUUUGACUGAAAGUGAAGGUUUUCUUAUUUACGUUUUUACCUGCGUAUUGAAUCAUAUUGAGCUUAUUCAGUUUUUGUGAUUUGAAUUAUGUAGUGGAGUGUAAAAAAAUGUGUUAAAUUGUCGAUGAAAUUUCUGCGGAAUCGUAUUAUGAU